UGCGGUGGCGGCGGCGGCAGCGUAAGGUGUGUGAAAGGUCGCUGCCUGAGGAGUGGUGGGGGGGCGUCUCGAUGGGAGUCGUUAUCCGGCCGGGAUUCGGCGAGAGCGCCGGCGUCGUCACUGCACAGGCUGAUUUUGAAUUGGACUUCAUAUUUGCUUAGUCGGCCUGGAGUUUCCUGUUUUUAAGAAUAAGUGUCAUACUACACAGAUAGCAAGAUGAGUUCCUUAAUAGAAACCCCUGAGCUGCCGGCAGUGUUUGAUGGGGUUAAAUUGGCUGCUGUCGCCGCUGUUCUUUACAUUAUUGUCCGUUGCCUGAAUCUGAAGAGCCCAACUGCUCCUCCUGAGCUCAUAUACCAAGAUACACCAUUAGCCCGCUUCCUAAUAAAAUCGUGCCCUCUCCUAACCAAAGAGUACAUUCCGCCUUUGAUCUGGGGAAAGAGUGGGCACAUCCAGACUGCCCUCUACGGGAAGAUGGGGAGAGUAAGUUCACCGCAUCCUUACGGGCUUCGCAAGUACCUCACCAUGGCAGACGGUGCCACGGCAACCUUUGACCUCUUUGAGCCUCUAACUGAAAACAGCAGCAAAGAAGAUAUCACAAUGGUCAUCUGCCCUGGAAUAGCUAAUCACAGUGAGAAGCAGUACAUCAGAACCUUUGUGGACUAUGCUCAAAAGAAGGGCUACCGAUGUGCCGUGUUGAAUCACCUUGGGGCCCUCCCAAAUAUUGAACUGACUUCGCCACGCAUGUUCACUUAUGGUUGCACUUGGGAAUUUGCCGCUAUGGUGACCUACAUCAAGAAGACAUAUCCUCAGUCCAACCUUGUUGUUGUUGGCUUUAGCCUGGGUGGAAAUAUAGUGUGCAAAUAUCUUGGGGAGUCUCACAUUAACCAGGAACGGGUGCUCUGUUGUGUCAGUGUGUGCCAGGGGUAUAGCGCAUUGAGGGCACAAGAAACCUUCAUGCAGUGGGAUCAGUGCCGUAGAUUUUACAAUUUCCUCAUGGCAGACAACCUGAAGAAAAUCAUCCUGUCUCACAGACAAGCUUUGUUUGCUGAAACUUCAAGAAAGGUACAAAAUUUAAUGGAAACAGAUCUAAGCAGACUUCACACAGCAACGUCUCUCAUGCAAAUUGAUGACAGCAUUAUGAGAAAAUUUCAUGGUUACAGCUCCCUGAGAGAAUAUUAUGAACAAGAGAGUUGUCUGCAUUACUUGCACAGAAUCUUUGUUCCCCUCUUGCUGGUUAAUGCUGCUGAUGACCCUUUGGUGCAUGAUAGCCUCUUAACAAUCCCAAGAGCCCUCUCAGAAAAACAGGAGAACGUCAUGUUUGUUUUACCCUUGCACGGGGGCCACCUGGGAUUCUUUGAGGGCUCCGUCCUUUUUCCUGAGCCCCUCACUUGGAUGGAUAAGCUUGUGGUGCAAUACGCAGACGCCAUCUGUCAGUGGGAGAAGAAUAAAUCUCAUUGCUCAGAUACGGAACAAUCGUCCGGCCAAGAAUAAACAAUCCCAAAGACUU